GCCGUUGGCUAACGUGGAAGUGAGACCCGCUGGCCAGCUAAGAAGCCGGGACCGCGCUGCCGGGGGCAGUUGGGCGCGCGGCACGGCAACGGUGGGCUUCUCGGCGCGGCUCGGCCUUUCCCUGGAGGGAGCAAUGGGGCGCGCGGGCUCCGGCGAGCGGACGCCGGUGUAGGACGCGCGGCGGCCGGCCCGGGAGCGAGGCGGCGGCGGCGGGCGCGGGGAGGCCUGUGAGGGCCGUCGCCCCGAGCCCCGGCCUCCCGCGCCAUGGCCCCUAUGGGCAUCCGCCUGUCCCCGCUGGGGGUGGCCGUGUUCUGCCUGCUGGGGCUCGGCGUGCUCUACCACCUGUACUCGGGCUUUCUGGCCGGCCGCUUCAGCCUCUUCGGCCUCGGCGGCGAGCCAGGCGGCGACGGGGCGGCGGGGCCCGCAGCCGCGGCCGAUGGAGGCACGGUGGACCUCCGCGAGAUGCUGGCCGUGUCGGUGUUGGCCGCUGUUCGCGGCGGCGACGAAGUGAGGCGCGUCCGCGAGAGCAAUGUCCUCCACGAGAAGUCCAAGGGGAAGACGCGUGAGGGAGCCGAGGACAAGAUGACCAGCGGGGACGUGCUGUCCAACCGCAAGAUGUUCUACCUGCUCAAGACCGCCUUCCCUAACGUGCAGAUAAAUACUGAGGAACAUGUGGAUGCAGCUGAUCAGGAGGUUAUCUUAUGGGAUCGUAAGAUUCCUGAGGACAUCCUGAAGGAAAUAGCCACCCCUAAAGAGGUACCAGCAGAAAGUGUUACUGUCUGGAUCGAUCCACUUGAUGCUACACAGGAAUAUACAGAGGAUCUUCGAAAGUAUGUCACUACUAUGGUAUGUGUGGCUGUGAAUGGUAAACCUGUGCUAGGAGUGAUACAUAAGCCAUUUUCUGAAUAUACAGCUUGGGCAAUGGUAGACGGUGGGUCCAACGUGAAAGCCCGCACUUCCUACAAUGAGAAGACCCCAAGGAUCGUUGUGUCACGCUCGCAUUCAGGAAUGGUCAAACAGGUUGCUCUUCAGACUUUUGGAAACCAGACUACAAUUAUCCCAGCUGGUGGUGCUGGUUACAAAGUUUUAGCACUCUUGGAUGUGCCUGAUAAGAGUCAAGAAAAAGCUGAUCUAUAUAUCCAUGUGACAUACAUCAAAAAAUGGGAUAUAUGUGCUGGCAAUGCCAUCUUAAAAGCCCUUGGGGGGCAUAUGACUACCCUGAGUGGUGAAGAAAUCAGUUACACUGGUUCCGACGGCAUUGAAGGAGGGCUCCUUGCUAGCAUCAGAAUGAACCACCAGGCUCUAGUCAGAAAACUCCCAGAUCUAGAGAAGACAGGACAUAAAUAAACAAAGGUGAUCACAGGUCACAGCUCUUCCUGAGUUGAACAGUCAGCCUGAAACGCUGGGGGCUUCAAAGCAUCGGUGGAGACUGCAUGGUUAAGGCCAUCCCGAACUUUUUAAAGUAUUUAUGAAGCAUCAGAGACUUAUUUUCCCUGUAAUAGGAUGCAAGAUCAGGGAAAGUGGGUUGCUUCGUGUCUCAAGUAUUGUCUUUAUUUUUGAGACUAUUUUCGUACAGUUGUCAUACACAAGGCCGCAUAUAUAUAUAUACACACACACACACAUAUAUAUAUAUAUUUGUGAAUUAAAAUCUAUAGCUGAGUCUACAUUGUUAUGAGUCACCAUUUUCACACAACAUCAUGAAUCUUCACUAUUUGUUAGUACUUUUCAUACAGAAUUGGGCUGAAGAAAGGAUUGAUUUUGUGUAGAUUUAAUACUACUUUACAACUGUAUCUCAUUGAAAAUAAAGUAAUUGGGGGUUUUUACCCCUAAUUCAGAUGGAAAGCACAAGAAGCCACACAUUCAUUAAUAUGCAACAAAUGCUCUAUUUAUCUGUUGUUACUAAAUAUUUCUUAAUGGAUUAAAAUAGAAAAAGCUUGUUUUUUUCUUUGAAAUUUUAAUAACAGGUUCACCAGCUAGUUGAGAAUAUAGCUAUAUGAUGAUUGCGUUGUAAUAGUAGUUUCUGUGUAUGUGUUUUUGUUUUGUUUUUUGCUUUUUGUUUUUGUACAGAAAAGUGUAUUUGUACCUAUGGGUUCAAUAUUUCUGCCAUCUUA